CCCGUGUUUAGACCUAUCCAACCCAAACAGUCAUCCGUCGAAGAGAUCUCUCGAAGGGAGCAAGCGGAAGCCGUUGCGCGGUUACUGCCCAAGAGGCGCCGGCGAGGCGGUCGGCUGCCAAAGAGAAGACCAGACACAAGCGACCAGCCUCUGAGAAAACAGAUUCGAGCCGGAAUGCGGGGACAGAGAAGACGAGAUCUUCAAGCUGAAGACCUCGCCAGUGUGUUGACCUUCUUAGAGGAAGAGUUUGCUGUAAAAGAAAGAUUGUCCAACGAGCAGACGUGGUGUGCGCCAAUACCGCACGAGAGAAAGGUGUCGACCGUGCAAGGCUUCUAUAAAGCGUUCCACGAUGCGAACGCGUUACCAAUAUGGACUUGCACGUUGUGCUACCGUAAGCGCACGAAAAGCGAUCUCGGGCUGUGUGGAGUGUGUACGUGGUUUGAGGCGGGGUGCCCUGUCGCCCGCGGCUCAGCUUCACAGACGUAUUGGGACCUCACGCCGGUUGAGGAGAAGCUCAUCGCGAUGAAUUGGUGUUAUGGGUUUGUCACUAGGUACAGCAUCCCGAGCAGCCAGAAGCAGACCGCAAAGUACCCGAAGCAUAUCAAGGGCCACAUUACGGUGUUUCCGAAUAACGUGCAGGAGCUGGCCACGAAAGUGCUUCCUCAUCCGCUCGUGCAAGUCAUGGAAGAGAUCCAUGUCUCGUGGCAGGGUGCGGAGAAGCCAGCACCAAGCGACUUGUCAGGCCUAUUGUCAGUGAGGCGACGAGUCGUUGAGAGGGCUCUUGUGUGGCUUAGGAAGAACAAUCCGCAUUACGCCGAGAUCGAGAUUGAUGUGGCUGAGAUGGAGAGC